UGUAGACAUGGUCACUGAGCAUCAGAAUGGAGAAGAAAGGUGAUUUAACUGACUUUGAACCUGGCAUGGUUGUUAGUGCCAGAUGGCCUGGUCUGCAGGGAUUUUCCCACACAAUCAUCUCUGGGCUUUACAGAGGUCAGAUUAGAUUGGCCAGACUGCUUUGAGCUGAUAGGAAGGCAGCAAUAACGUAACCACUUGUUAGAGCCAAGGUAUGCAAAUAAGCAUCUAUGGAUGAACAGCACAUCAAACCUUGAAGCAGAUGGGCUAAAGCAGCAGAAGACCACACUGGGUGUCACUCAUGUCAAAACUGGACAACAGAAGAUUGGAAAAAUGUUGCCUGGUUUUGAUUCAAAAUGGCGGAGGGCACACCCCAGCUUCCUCUUGCUGCAAUGCUGCUAUUCGGGCUGCUGCUCCACACAGUGUCCCAGCAUGGACCCACAGCUGAUAAACCCAAAGAGAAACCCAAUUUCAUCAUCAUACUGGCAGAUGACAUUGGCUGGGGUGAUCUGGACGCUAAUCAGCUUGAAGAGAGGGCAAACAACACACCUUACCUCAACCUGAUGGCCCUGCAAGGACUACGAAUGACCGACUUCCACUCCCCAGCCUCAACAUGCUCUCCGUCCCGUGCUGCUAUCCUCACAGGUCGUUAUGGCCUAAGAAACGGGGUGACUCACAACUUCGGGGUGAAUUCUCUGGCUGGUCUGCCUCUCUCUGAAGUUACCUUACCCCAGCUACUACAGAAGGCAGGAUAUCACACUGCCAUGAUCGGGAAAUGGCAUCUUGGACACAAUGGACUAUACAGUCCAACUAACAGAGGUUUUGACUACUACUUAGGUAUUCCCUUCAGUAAUGACAUGGGAUGUACUGAUAUCCCAGGCUAUAACCUGCCCCAGUGCCUCCCCUGUGACUCAUUUGGACCACAAGUGAUCAGAUUGAAGAGGAACAUACAUGGAGGUUGUUAUUCCAGAAUCGGCCUUCCUCUGAUUGAAAAUAGCAGUAUUGUGGAGCAGCCGCUUGACCUGUGGACACUAACAGAGCAAUACAAGUCUGCUGCACUCCAGAUUAUACACAAUGCAAGUGAGCGAGGACAGCCUUAUCUGCUCUACAUAGCACUUGCUCAUAUGCACGUCCCCUUGGCCCCUCCACUAUCUCCAGAUGCCCCUACCACUGAUAAUCACCCAAAUAGUGGAGUGUAUGCUGCUAGUCUGCGAGAGCUGGAUAGCCUGGUUGGGGCAAUAAAGAAUGCUUCUGAUGCCACAGACAGAGACAAUACACUCAUCUGGUUCACCGGUGACAACGGUCCAUGGGAACAGAAAUGCCAGUAUGCAGGAAGCGUAGGGCCCUUCAGAGGCAAAUGGCAGACCAGCAAAGGUGGCGGUUCAGCUAAGCAGACUACGUGGGAGGGUGGUCACAGAGUGCCUACAGUGGCUUAUUGGCCUGGAAGGAUUCCUGCAAAUACCACCAGCUGGGCCCUGCUCAGUGGUAUGGACAUCUUCCCAACUGUUCUGUCUCUGGCAGGGGUAACACUCCCUUCUGACAGACGUUAUGAUGGCAUUGAUGCCACAAAUAUCCUCCUACAUGGUGAACAGUUGGGCCAUGAGUUUCUCUUCCACCCUAACAGUGGUGCUGCAGGGAGGUUUGGUGACCUUCAGACAGUUCGCAGUGGGAAACACAAAGCUUUCUACAUCACAGGUGCAGCAGAAGCAUGCGGUGGAGAAACAGGAAAGCAGCAGGUCCAUGAUCCUCCACUAAUAUUUGAUCUUGAGCGUGAUGAGGCUGAGGAAACACCUUUGGAUGUGAGGACAACUGAAUACCAGGUGGUAGCGGAGAGGAUCGCUCAGAGGAGAGAGAAGCUAUUAUGGGACAUCACCACUGACAAGUCAGUGUCCAUCGCAGAUUACAGGACAGACGAGUCAGCAGCACCGUGCUGUGACCUGACACAGACUGUUUGUCGUUGCCCCAGGCUGGGUUGAGGGUGGGAUUCACAUGUAAACACUCACACAAGAGGCUGAUAAGACAGGCUCACAGAUGGAGAAACAAAUCUCACUCUUUAAAAUAAUGUGAUUAGCACUUUGUUUGUAGAAGAUGCCAUUAGUGAAGGGGUUCAAUGGCCAGAGGCUACAGGACAUGUACAAACAGGAGGAGAGGGCAAAGAGAAGUAGGUGAAUGAACUUUGGCCUGUUAGUAAAACAGUGGCUGGAGUAAUUCUCAGUAGUUUUAGAAAAAUAACACAUCUUAUAUCAGAUCAUAAGACAUACUAAAUUUAGUGGAUAGGAUUGGGCUUAGGGCAG